AGCUAUUGAGUUUACUGGCGGCCCUCGACAGUCUGUGUUAUCAAUGGAAUCGGACAGCUCGUCUUGUCUCCGCUAUCACCCGCCCCCAGUAUAUCUCAUAUACUGUUCUGAGGAAUUCCUCGGUUACGAAUACGGCUGUAGGGCCACGUAUCAUGUGCGUCGAUGCUGUGACGUUCCUCCGCACGGGGCAGUUCUGACGUUGGCCUCAGUAAUGGAACAUAUAUGUCGCCUCGCGCUGCCCGCCAUUGACGAGCCUCAUCCGCAUCGCACAUCGCCCGUCUCCCAGUACGAACAAGAUCUUACCCGUGCAGGAUCUCAAAAAUCACAAAUCCAUGUUUGCACCUGUUCGACGUCUUCCGAACGAUGUCUUAGCUACAUAUCUUUCAGUUGUCUAUUGCUACAAAAGUGCAGCUCCAGACUUGACUUGACUUGACGGCCGUAUCUUGGCUGCUCGGUUAUAUCUGUCACCUGGAGAGACCUUUCUCGUUCCUCCCCUUCCUUCCCUGUGGACAGACGUAUCCGUCACGA